AGAUGUUUUUUUAAUAAGCACGCUAUAGGGGAGAGGUUUGCGCUCUAGAACCGAGAAAAAAAUAUUUAUGAUCAUGUAGACUGUACUGCUAAUUCCCCACUGCUCAAAUUUGAGAGGUCAUUAGAAGAUGGAGAAUAACAAGGCGAAGGCAGGAUCGCGUUCCAUCUUUGAUCUGCCACCGGAUUAUUUCGACUUUGCCUCUGUAAGCAAUUCACAUUCGACCUCCUCAAAGGUCUUGGAUCUCUCCUCACUCUCCUCUGCACGCCGCCAUGAAGAAGAAGAAAAAGAAGAUGAAACAACCAUGCGAAACGGAUGGAGUUGCAAUACUUGUGCAGCUCACUUCUCAUCUCUCCAACAACAGCGCUCCCAUUUCAAAUCAGAUUUCCAUCGUUUCAAUGUAAAAUGGCGAAUGAAGGGAAGAGAUCCUAUCAAGGAAGUGGAAUUCGAGGAAGUUGCACAAGAAAUGCUUCUGAAAGAGGGUGACGUUUCUAGCAUUUCUGGAUCUGACGAAGACUCAGAUGAGCUGAUAAAUACUGAGUCUGGGAAUGGAAUUGCGACUAUGAAGAACCAGAUUUCAAUAUCUCUACAAUCAGGAGAAAUUGUUUUGCUUUGGAGGAGUUUGUGUAUAGGUGACAGAGAGGAUGUAGUUGAAGACAGGAGUUCUAUGGUUAAGGACGAUGAUGCUAAAAGUUUGCAUGUAACUGAUGAGGAGCUCGUUAAGAGGUUGCAGUCUUUGGUUCAAGAAUCCAGAGAUAGGAAAAACUUAAGGGUUGUAUUGCUUGCAAGUGGGGGGCAUUUUGCUGGUUGUGUUUUUGAUGGAAAUAAUAUUGUUGCUCAUAAAACAUACCACAGGUAUGUAGUGAGGGCAAAGGCAGGCGGAAGACAGUCUACUAAAGAUUCAACUGGGAGAGCACCAAAGUCUGGAGGGGCUUCCCUUCGGCGUUACAAUGAAAUGGCCUUGAAAAAGGAAAUUCUAGAGUUGCUUGCUGCUUGGAAAUGUUACUUGGACUUAGCAUUGUGCAUAUAUAUUUAUGCUCCUUCAAGCAAUGGACAGAUCUUUUUCACUGGUGAAAAUCCACCUUUGAGUUACCGUGAUAUUCGUGUUAGACGCAUACCAUUCACCACACGCAGGCCAACUCUGAAAGAAGCAAACAGGAUUUACAGUCAACUGACAUGUGUACACUUUACUGAAAGAGCAGAGAUGCAGGUUCCCAACCAACUAGAAGAACCAGCUACAAGCUCAGAUAGAGAGAAAGGGAAUAACAAAGUGGUAACUGAAAUCAAAAUGAAAAACAAGAACAAAAUAGAAAAGGAAAUAAUUCCUGAAGUUUCUUCUGAGUUGGAACAUCUGGAUGGUUUAUGCAUUUCUGAUGUUAGUAAUAUCAGCAAUACAACAAUGGUAAACCAGUCAACCCCUCUCCACGAAGCAGCAAAGUCUGGCAACACAUCACAUGUUCUUGAGUUGCUGGAGCAAGGCAGCGACCCUUGCGCUAAAGAUGAGAGAGGUCGGACACCAUAUUUAUUGGCAGAAGACAAGGAUACAAGAAAUGUAUUUCGGCGUUUCAUGGCUGCAUAUCCUGAUAAGUGGGAUUGGCAUGUGGCCAAUGUGCCAAGUCCACUGACAGCAGAAAUUGAAGCUGCCCAAGCAGCAAAGCAGGCAGAGAAAGAUGCCAAGAAGAAAGCCAAAGCAAAGGAGAUGAAGAAAUUGCGUAAAGAAAAAGAGAAGGCACAGGAAAAAUCACUUAAUGAACAAGCAGCUUCUGCAAUUGUGCAUUAUGGACAGGAUGGCGUCUCCUACCUUAUUCAGAAAGGAAAGGCACUGCCCAACAUGAAUUCACAGGCAUUUCAAGAGGAAUUAUUGAAGGCACAAGCCUUAGAGAGAGAAAAACGAGCUGCAGCUGCUAUGAAGAGAUUUUCAGUGCUUGGCAACAACUCUGGAAAUACUGCUUCUGCACUACCAAACAGUGUAGAAACUAGGGAUGUGAGUUGUGAUCUUCGGUGCUCAUGCUGUACAAUCUCGCUGGCCGGAAAAGUACCUUUCCAUAGAUACAACUAUAAAUAUUGUAGCACGUCAUGUAUGCAUGUCCAUAGAGAAACGCUUGAGGAUGGAUAGAUGGUUGUGGGUUUUCUAUUUAUUCCAGGUGUAUUGAUGAUGCAUAUAUUUUUUGUUGCACUCCAUGUUUUGCAGUUCAAACUUCAUAUGUUGAUGAAAGAUCAAUUCAAUGUGAUUUUGAGAAUGCUGAUUUGAGAAGGGGCCAUCAUUCAUAACGAAAUUACAAUCAUGCAUUUCUUGCUGAUUAGAAUAGUUUAACAUGUGUCAAUAUAUAAUCUGAUCCUUUCUUA